UAAAUACAAAUGACUAUUCAUUAUUUCAUUCACUCAUUCAUUCAAAAGUUAUUGUUUAUGUGCCGCGAAGCGUUGUGCUCGGACUGCAAUUUAAUACGAUGGCAUUAAUAAAUAUAAUUUAUUUAACUGUUUUAGCCUGUUUACUAAAAGAUGUAAACAGUCAAAGAACACCAACUAUUUCACACAUCACUCAAGAGCAGAUAAGAGAUAUCGGUGGUCAGGUAGACUUGGACUGUUCGGUCCAUUACAGCAGCGAGUACCCCGUGAUUUGGGUGAAAUAUGACCGUCUCAAGACCACAGAGUCUAUACCACUGUCCAGUAAUGCCGCACUCAUCAUUAGAGAUUCUAGAUUCUCACUGCGGUAUGAUGAUGCCACCGCUACAUACACGCUCUCGAUCAAAGACAUCCAAGAGAACGACGCCGGCUGGUACCAGUGCCAGGUACUCAUCUCCAUCACCAAUAAGAUCACAGCUGAAGUGGAACUGCAAGUGCGGAGACCACCAAUCAUAUCUGAUAACUCCACUAGAUCUAUCGUGGCCAGCGAGGGUGAAAGUAAGUGGAGAAUCACUAUUUUUAAUUUAUUUCUUCAUUGAAUGUUAAAAUAAAUUAUACAUACAUAAAUACCAGGGUUCGGAAAAGUCCGAUAUUUGAUAUUUAUCCUAUAUAUAUGUUUAAAUAAUUAUGCAUAUAAAAAGCUGCUAUUUUAAAGAUGCUAAUGACUUUAUUUAAUAUUUUAAAUCAAAAGUGUAAAAUAAAGAUUGUGUUUGAUAUUUUUAUAUAUUAUAAAAUAAUUAAAAAGUAGUAUGUAUGCGGAGAUUCCCAGUAAUGUGUAGGGGAAAAUCUGAAAUUUCUAGUAAGUAGGAUUGCUACUUCAGGCCAAUGCUACCAACGUUACAUCAAUUUUCUAGCAUUUAUAUUCGAUAUUCAAUACUCAAGUUCCAUUAACAAAAAUAACCUCUUUAAAUUUGCUUGAUUUUUAUAAAACGAAUCUAUAAAAAUUUAAUCUAAUAACCACCUUAGAAUAGUGACAUUUAUUUAUUUAAAUUCUUGUAUCACUGUAUAUCUAAUUAAUAUUAUUACAUGCCAGGUGCCCAAAUGGAAUGCUAUUCUGACGGUUUCCCGCCACCGAAAAUAACAUGGCGUCGUGAAAACAACGCCAUCUUGCCGACAGGAGGCUCCAUAUACAGGUGACAAUUGUUAUUCGAAUGUAAACUUUAUUGCGAUGCAAUCAAAACAGAAAUUAAUAUGCACUAUAAAAGUGUUCUCUAGAUUUUUCCUUGUGAAUAACUCGUAUCUAUUUAUUACACUACCAUAAUUGAAUAGAUUAUAAUUUGUUAAUUUGUGUAUUAUCUCUUUAUUAUGAAUGAUAAUAUUGAGUUUACUUAUUUAUUAAACAAAAUGUC